AUGGUUAAUUAAAAUAAACAAUGGCCUUUAAGUAGAGGAGGCCUCCUCAGACACCCACCACCAAGAUAAAGAAAAGAAACCCCAACACGAACUAGUCUAUCAGUGGCAAAGCAGUGCGGCAACGAUGGCAGCGUCUCCAAUGGAAGGCAAAUGGGUUCAGCUAAAACAGAAAGGAACCGGACCAGGAGCAAGAAGCUCUCACGCCAUAGCUCUCGUAGGCAACAAAGUGUACGCCUUUGGAGGCGAGUUCCAGCCCCGUGUCCCCGUGGACAACCAUCUCCACGUUUUCGACCUCAACACUCUAACAUGGUCCAUCCAAGAAGCUUCAGGGGAGGCACCUCCUCCUAGAGUAGGCGUCGCCAUGGCUGCGGUGGGACACGUCAUCUACUUCUUCGGCGGCCGCGACGAGAAUCACCAGGAGCUCAACGAGCUCUACUCUUUCGACACUUCCACUAACCAGUGGAAGCUCCUCUCCUCAGGGGAGUCAGGUCCUGAGAACCGAAGCUACCACUCCAUCGCUACGGAUUCUCGGAACGUGUAUGUGUUCGGUGGGUGCGGAGUCGAUGGUCGUCUCAAUGAUCUAUGGGCGUACAACGUUGCUGAUGAGAAGUGGGUUAAGUUCCCUUCUCCUGGAGAGGGGUGUAAAGGAAGAGGAGGUCCGGGGCUAGAGGUGGUGGAAGGAAAGAUAUGGGUUGUGUAUGGAUUCACAGGAGAUGAAGCAGACGAUGUUCAUUGCUUCGACAUAGCUAAAGGAGAGUGGAGAGAGGUCGAGACGAGAGGGGAGAAACCCUCUGCGAGGAGCGUGUUUUCGUCUGCGGUUGUUGGGAGACAGAUUGUGAUAUUCGGAGGGGAGGUUGAUCCUAGUGACUUGGGGCACAUGGGAGCAGGGUGUUUCACGGCUGAGGCUUAUGGGCUUGACACGGAGACGUUUGAGUGGAGGAAGUGGGAGGAUGGGUUUGGAUCAGAGGAGGAGGAGCAUCCAGGGGCUAGAGGAUGGUGUGCGUUUGCGGCUGGGUCGAGGGAUGGUAAGGAAGGUUUGUUGGUUUAUGGAGGGAACUCGCCGAGUAAUGAUAGGCUUGGUGAUAUCUUCUUCUUCACUCCAAACUCUUACUAACGUGAUUGGUAACUAAAUAUGGUUUGGUUUGGUGAGUCCAAUGUAUGAUUCUGUGAGCUUUUUUUAAGCCAUGAGUCUGUUACUAAGUUGUUUCUGUUUUGGGUGAAGCUUAUGUUUAUCUACGCUUUUGUAAAAUUUGAAUGAUCAUUGAAGAAUCAUAAAUAAGCAAUGUUCCAAUUAA